AUAUAUUAGCACCACACAUGUGAAAUGCCGGUGCGUUGCACCACAUAUUAAUAGUACCUACGGUAAGAGGUACUGAUCAAGCAACUGCUUGGACAUCGACACACCGAGACGGGAAGCAAGGAUGUGGAAUGUCCAAAAAGUGGAACCAGCAACGCAGGGGGGUAAGAAUCCUACUUGGAGGGAAUGAUGAUCAUGAGAGCGUUUUGAACGUUAAUGGAACCUUUUGUUCAGGUCGUCAGUUUUGUGUUCCGAUCCUGCGAGCAUGUACAGCUCUGCCGAACCAUGCAUGUUCCAAAAGCAUGACAAGUCUACAAUGCACAGCUUUAUGCUGGCGGCUGCAAGAACAACGAUAAGCCCCCGAUUUAGACUCAUGCUCCCCCGGCGGUUAACGUGCGUCGUCCCGCCCCCUUGCAUCGAGGACUACGUUUGACCAUUGUACUCGGGCUCUCCACAGCGUAAAAUGUAGAUCAAGAUGGGGACCUCAUGAUAUACCCUCCUCCAAGGUUGACCGACUUAUGUUGUCAUCGUGGUCUCUUGUUAGUCCUACAUCAGGGUCAGUACAUUCCGCGAUCAGCGUGUUUUUGUUUGGGGAUGCAAAUGGAGGAGGUGUAGCGGCGCCCCAGGGAAGGGCUACUCAUCACCAGCUGAAUAAGAGACUUUUUCUUCCAGAGCUACAGUACAACCAGGUAUGUGUUUUCUAGGAAAGCCGAAGUUACGGGCAAGCUAUCUUAUUAACCUUAUAUGGAAUCCCGUCGAGCUCUCCGGCGUAGCUCUAAGGUGGCCAAUGC